UUACUCUAUCUCAAAUUCGCGCAUUCGCCUGUCUCGCUCGAACAAACACGUAAACGCGCACGCGUUGGCUCAUUUAGCUGUAUACUCUGAAGUAUCAAAACAACGGGUGCCGAAAUGCAGUGUUCGUGAUUGCGUUCUUGCGUUUUUAUGCGUCGCGUUACCGCUUGUUAUGGCAAUCAGGCCGUUGUGGCCUGACUUGCGACCGCGAGCGACGGAUCCGCUGUGGUUCAACGCGGAUCGGCCGUGCGACGACGAGAGCGAAGUCGCCGCGCUCGAGGCGGAGCAUCAAGCAUGGGCAGAACACGUACGAGUGCAGGGCUACGACAACAUCCCGAUUGGAAAAACCGUGAGCGACGUGAGUUAACCUCACUUCCUAAGCUUUUUGAUGUGACCGCUGCGUUUACACCUUGCUUUCGAGAAUCCGAGGAGGACGAAGAAGAAGAAGAAGAGGAAGAGGGCGAAGGCGAGGAGGAGGAUGAGUCGGACACCCAUGAGGAAGAAGAAGAGGAGCUUGACGAGAUCGACAUGGAAGUCAGUUACACCUCCCAUCAUCCGCAAAGAUCCAGUCCGACGGAUCUGGUGAGCCCACCCGUGUCCAUCAGAAUGGUCAAUGCGACGAAUAUAACUCGUUAUCCGUAACUUCAAUUCAGUUCAUAACAGCACUGAACGACUAUGUGUAAAGUAUAUUUAUUUCCAAGAGUCUCAAACACAGUAGUAUGCCUUUGUCAUAAUACUUUGUAAGCUUAUAUAUAUUGUAGUUUAUUCUUACUAUAUCGAUUAUAUUAAAAUGCGGAUUAAUAAAUAUCUACCUAUUUCUCUA